CCUGUAGUCACCAAUUCUGUAUUGAACAGCAGCCUAUUUGCCUGCUUGUUUACUAAUUUUCAUUCCCAACACACCUUUUGUUCCCUUCAGAACAGGUGAAGAAGUCAGAGAUCCGCCACGGCAAAGCCUGCUCGGGUGAACCAACCAUACGACGUGCAUUGGAAAGCCUUAGACUUUGAGUAGACCAAGAUGGAGAGAUUCAAUGGCUGGUGUUGUAGAUGGGCUGUCUCCAGAGACAGGCCGCAUUGAUGAGGCACAUUUACUGCAGAAGUACCGAAGGAAUGCCCGAAUUGCCAAUCUCAUCAGAAGCUCCUCUGAUGCCAAAUUGCGUCAGGCCAUUGCGGCCUGUGGCAGAGACUGGCAACAAGCUUUGGCCUUGCUGGAAGGUGCCCGUCGAGGCGCGCUGCGUUUGCAGAUCCUGGGCUUCAAUGCCGCAAUGCGAUGUUGUGAGAGGGCUGGGCAAUGGCAGUUGGCAGUGGAUCUUUCAGAUCAGUUCCAGAAGGAGGGGAUCACGCUGAACAAAUUUGCCAAUGAGAUCCUCUUGACCGCUGGCGGUAUCUCUGGACGUUGGUCCUUGGCGCUCGAGAAGCUUUGGACUCUGUGUGCUUGUGCCGAAGAGGAGGUCUUUGAGGCACCAGAUCAUGUGACGUUCAACUGUGCCAUCUCUGCCUGCGCCCGCGGAGACUCUGCCGCCUGGCAUGCAGCUGUCAGCGUGUUUGCUGGCCUACGCAAGCAGAGUGUGCAGCCGAGCGACGUGACCUUCAACGCCAGCUCCAGUGCUUGUGCUUCUGCGGCUGCCUGGAGAGCAGCCAUGAGUUUUUUGGAGCAGCUGGAAGACCCGAGGGGCCGCACUUCCGGCCCGAGCGUGGCAGGCACGCGACUGGCUGGAGAGCUACUUGAGGAUGAGCAGAGGAAUCUCCAGCUUGCACAGCUUGUAUCUGUGGGCGAAGUGGCACAGCUUGAGGAGAGUUUCAGGAACACGGGACAAGCUGGUCGCAACCGGCUGAACUCUAUGGUCAACCGCUGGGCGCCUUCCAUCAACCAAGCCGUGGUGAGCUGUGCGGAGGCAAGAAGGCCCAGCUUCCACAAGGUCUCCGUUUGGCAGCCUGCCUUGCUCGCAGUUGCAAACGCUGCACAGUGCGGCCUCUUCAGUCCGACCAUCUACACCUACAACUCCUUGGCCACAGCUUGCUUGCGUUGUCAUGCUUGGUCAUGGGGGCUGCUGCUUUUGGGCGAUGCUAGGAGCAAGGGCUUGCGCUUGGAUGCCUUCAGCGCAGCUUCUGCCUUCAGCAGCUGCCAAACCGAGAAGCAGUGGCAGGUCACCUCAAAGAUUUUGCAGAGCUUACGAGUCGGCGAAGAUGAAGGGGUAGCACUGGACCUGGUGGUGGCCAGCUCUGCAAUGACAUCUUUCGAGAAAGGCGACAGAUGGCAAGAUGCCAUUGUCCUCUUUGUUUCCUCCGCGCUACAAGCGAGGCUUUCACACAAUGUGGUGAGCUGCAGUUCUGCCAUCACUGCUUGUGAAGCAGGCGAUUGGUGGCCAGGCGCCUUUGCCUUGCUUCAGCAGAUGGGCACUGCAGCUUUGAGGCCGAAUGCAGUCAGCUACCAGGCCGCCUUGAGCUCCACCAAAGAAACAUGGCGUUGUGCUUUGAGUAGCUUCAGAUUCAUGGAGCGGGAAGGCAUCAAAUGGACAGUGCUCGGCUGUGAGCAUGUGAUUCGUGCCUGCGAGCAUCGUGGCGAGUUGGGUGUUGUGAGACAGCUUUUGGAGCUGGUUCGGAAGAAGAAUGAUUGGGCCAUUGGGCGCCCGCGAUCCAGGUGGAGAAAAGCUUCACCAGGGCGUCGAAGGCCUCCAAGAGAGCUGCGAAAAAAGGGAUCUCUUGGCUUUGAGCGGCCGCGCGGACCUUUGGGUAUUCAAGAGACAUCAGAGACAUCACUGACAAGUGAGCAACAGAGAUUGGUUGAGAGCAAGCGUGACGGCGUGACGUCAGUCCAAGUUGUCAAGCAGUUCUCUCAUGUUUUUUUUUUUUUUUCUCUUGCAGAGGAAUGAGGGAUGGUGAGGCAAACAUCUAAACAUGAGAGGCUACCC